AUGGGCGUCGCCUCUGCACAUGGUCCCGAAGGUCAUGGGGGACUGGCGUCCUUGCGGCGACUAUCGAACCUUGAAUACCGUUACCACGCCCGAUCACUAUCCGAUCCCAAAAUUGUGGAUCUCACCGUCAGUCUGGCAGGUAAAAUUACCUUCAGCAAAAUCGACUUGGUACGCGCAUACAACCAAAUUCCGGUAGCCGAAGCGGACAUCGCUAAAACUGCCGUGACGACUCCAUUUGGUUUGUUCAAGUUUCUGCGCAUGACAUUUGACCUAAAGAAUGCCGCGCAAACCUUUCAGCGAUUCAUCGAACAAGUUUCUCGCGGCUUAGACUUCGCUUACGCGUAUUUCGAUGACAUUUUAAUCGCAAACUCUUCACGAGAACAGCACAUGCGCCACGCACGAACACUUAUUGAUCGUUUAUCUCAACACGGGGUGAGGAUCAACGCAGAAAAGUGUUCGUUUGGUGUCGACUCAGUAAACUUCCUCGGCCAUCGUAUCCUCUGCAGGCGUCGUGCCACUGCAGGAUAA